AUGUGUCUGUCAGAUGUUCUACGGAAACAUGUUUUGUCAAACAUGGAGUUGCAGCAGUACUUAACAGCAUGUUAUUGGGCCGACAAACUUGUUUGUCUAGAAAGAUAUCGUUCAGAAGAUGUAUUACUUUAUGCCAAAGCCCUGUAUUAUAGUCGACAAUAUCAUCGUGCAAUAGCUUUAAUUCAAAAUUGUAAGGAGUUAAAACAAUCACUUGUUUGUCGUUAUUUCAUUGCCCAGUGUUAUUACGCUUGCUCAGAAUACAAAAAGGCUCUUGAAUUUCUCGAACAGUCUGAUUGUAAUUCUACCGAUUUCAACUCCAAUGUAACGUCACUGGUCGCUGGUUCUUUAUCUAAACAACUAUGUAUAUCAACAGACUGUCAGAAUGCUGUAAAUGAUGAUUCCACAAAACAAUCGAAUACUGUAUCAGACAGUUUAAUAAGCGGUUUUAGUACAGAACAACUUCAUAGUAGUAUUGCAUUAUUGAAGGGAAAGUUAUAUGAAUUAAUGGAAAACAGAUCUUUGGCAACGCAAUUUUAUAAAGAAGCUUUACUUCUUGACGUAACAUGUUAUGAAGCCUUCGAAAAACUUGUACACUUUCAAUCAAUUAGCUCAGAAGAAGAAUCUGCUUUACUAACCGAAUUGAAUUUCACUGAUCAUGUCAAUCCGUUGAUGAGCAAAUUGGCUGAAUUUCUUUACAAAGAUAAACUAAACAAGAAUUCAGUAUCAGAAACUAGGUACCUGGUGAAUUUGACUCAUUGA